UGCUAUCUCUUCCAAUGAAGCAUUUUCCUAUUUUAGCCUCAGUAGCGAAUUGAAUCUUGUGGAAAGAUGUUUAGAGUAGCUUUAACUUGUCUAAUAUUAUGGAAUGUUCUACUUCCUAAGGCCUUUCCUUUGGAUAACCAAAGCAUUCUAGAAAUCGAUGGAAAGUAUUACUACAUUUCUUUGGAAAAAUCCAACUGGUUCGAGGCUAGCAAUCUCUGUCGUCAAAAGGGUGGAUUUCUGCUGAACUUAGAGAGCAUGCAGGAACUGGAGUUACUUAGCCCUCAUCUUCAUCCAGCCUACAGCUACUGGCUUUCGAUAAAUGAUCUUGGAGUACGUGGCGUAUACGUAUCGGAGGCUACUGGUCGAGAGGCUCCUUUCAUUAACUGGUCUGUGGGACAACCCGAUAACAGCGGUGGCAACGAUCGAUGUGUUGAGCUCUGGCUAUCAACUACUGCCUUUCAGAUGAACGAUCUAUCCUGCCAAAUGGAGGUGGCUUUUAUUUGCCAGUUGAACUAGGAUCUAUAAAGUUUUAAACUCCCAACAUGAAACUAUAUAUCUACAAGUUUAAGGCGGAAAUAAAUCUAUGACUUAUA